UCUUCACUUACUAGUACUUCAGGCUCGAUGGAUAUUGAUACUCUUGAUGUUGGUAAAAUUGUUGAAGUUAAUUCAUCAAAUAUAUAUGUUAAUGACGAUGAUAAUGAUGAUGACCAUGAGCAAUUUUGA